CACCAUUUCGCCAAAUGGAACUGUUGUCAACAUCGGAUUGAUAUCGAAUAAACUAACAAACAUUAUAUUGUGCAGAUGUCAAAACAAGCCAUUUGAUAGAUGUCAACAUUUUGCCAGUAUAAUGACAAAGGAGAGCAGUGAAAGUAACAAGUACAGAUACAGGAACUAUGACAACACAACAUUGAUACAUCUUUUACUAUUUAAGUAUUACUAUUGAGAAUGGUAAUGCUGUGAACCACCGAAUAAAGCAUGCAUUAGAUACUUUAAAAGUCAUGGUUGUAGCUAUACUAGUAGUAGAAGAUAUCUGAAGAUAUGUGUGGAUGAACAUGCAGGAGAGAAAAGACAUAUUGUUGAAAGUUCAGGAGAGAAGAGACAUACUAUGGAUGAAGUUAAUGGAGUGAAGAGACAUAUUGAUGAACAAACAGGAGAGAAAAGAGAUUCUGCUGCAAGUUUAGGAGAGAAUAGACAUGUUCCUGAAAAUUCAGGAGAGAAGAGAAAUAUGGCUGAAAUUACAAGUGAGAAGAAACAUAUGAAUGAAGAAACAGGAGAGAAGAGCUGUAUUGCUGAUAAUACUGGGGAGAUGACACAUAUGGUUGAAAAUACAGUAGAGAAGAGACAUAUGGCUGAAAAUACAGGAGAAAUAACACAUAUGCUUGAACAUACAGUAGAGAAAAGAUUUAAAUGUAGUUUUUGUGAUUAUGCAUGCCGUACCAGUAGUAAUUUGAAGAGGCAUAUUGGAAUACAUAAUGGGGAGAAACCCUUCAAAUGUGAUGAAUGUGAUUAUGCAUGUAACUUACGCGGUAAUCUAAAGGAACACAAAAGAAGACAUACAGGAGAGAAACGUUUUAAAUGUGAUUUUUGUGAUUAUGCAUGUAAAAGAAGCAGUUCUAUGAAGGUGCACAAAACAAAACAUACAGGAGAGAAACUCUUCAAAUGUGAUGUUUGUGAUUAUGGAUGUAAUGUACGCAGUUCUUUGCAGAUACACAGAAGAAAACAUACAGAAGAGAGACAUAUGGCUGAACAUACAGGAGAGAUGACAAAUAUGGUUGAACAUACAGGAGAGAUGACACAUAUGGUUGAACAUACAGGAGAGAUGACAAAUAUGGUUGAACGUACAGGAGAGAUGAAAAAUAUGGUCGAACAUACAGGAGAGAUGACAAAUAUUGUUGAACGUACAGGAGAGAUGAAAAAUAUGGUUGAACAGACAAGAGAGAUGACUCAUAUGGUUAAACAUACACAAGAGAUGACAAAUAUGGUUGAACAGACAGGAGAGAUGACAAAUAUGGCUGAACCUAGGGUAGAGAUGAGUUAUAUUGCUGAACAUACAGGAGAGAAGAGACAUAUGGUUGAACAUACAGGAGAGAUGAGUCAUAUAGAUGAAUAUACAGUAGAGAUGAGCCAUAUGGCUGAAACUACAGGAGACAUUACACAUAUGGUUGAAAAGAUAGGAGAGAUGAGCCAUAAGGCUGAACCAACAGGAGAGAUGAGCCAUGUGAUUAAACCUACAGAGGAGAUGAGCAAUAUGGUUGAACCUACAGGAGAAAUGAGCCAUAUGGUUAAACACACAGGAGAGAAACGCUUUAAAUGUAAUUAUUGUAAUUAUGCAUGCAAUAGCAAUAGUCAUUUGAAGAGGCAUAUUAGAAUACAUACAGGAGAGAAACCCUUCAAAUGUGAUGAAUGUGAUUAUACAUGUAGAUUACACUUUUAUCUAAAGGAACACAAAAGAAGACAUACAGGAGAGAAACGUUUUAUAUGUGGCGAAUGUGAUUAUGCAUGUAAUAGUAGCAGUUCUAUGAAGGUACACAAAUUAAAACAUACAGGAGAGAAACUUUUUAAAUGUGAUGUUUGUGAUUAUGCAUGUAAUGUGCACAGUUCUAUGAAGGUGCACAAAAGAAGACAUACAGGAGAAAAGAGACAUAUGGAUGUAAUUACUGGAGAGAUGAGUCAUAUAGAUGAACAUUCAGGAGAGAAAUGCUUUAAAUGUGAUUUUUGUGAUUAUGCAUACCAUACCAGUAGUAAUUUGAAGAGGCAUGUUAGAAUACAUACAGGAGAGAAACCCUUCAAAUGUGACGAAUGUGAUUAUGUAUGUAAUGUACGCAGUUAUCUUAAGGUACACAAAAGAAGACAUAGAAAAGAGAAACGUUUUAAAUGUGAUGUUUGUGAUUAUGCAUGUAAUGUAUGGAGUUCUAUGUUGUUACACAAAGCAAAACAUACAGGAGAGAAAGCCUUUAAAUGUGAUGUUUGUGAUUAUGCGUGUAAUAUAAGUAAUUAUUUGAUGACACAUAUGAGAAUACAUACAGGAGAGAAGCCCUUUAAAUGUGAUAUUUGUGAUUAUUCCUCUAGCGCAGGCAGUUCUCUGAAGAUGCAUUAUGCAAGAAAACAUACAGAACAGAAACCACUUAAGUGUGACGUUUGUGACUAUGUAUGUGGUCAGAAAGGAGAAAUGAGGAAACAUAUGAGAAUACAUGGAGAAAAGAACUGCUUUAAAUGUGAUGUUUGUGAGUAUGUAUGCUAUAGAAGUGGUCUUCUGAAGAUUCAUAUGAGAAUCCAUACAGGAGAGAAACCCUUUAAAUGUGGUUUUUGUGAAUAUACUUCUUAUAGGAGCGAUAGUUUAAAGGCACAUAUGAGAACACACACAGGGGAGAAGCAAUUUAAAUGUGAUUUUUGCGAGAGUGGAUUUACCCGUAACUCUCUUCUACAGAAACAUUUGAGUGUUCAUUCAGGAGAUAACCCCUUUAGAUGUGAUGUUUGUGAUUCUGCAUUUAGUAACAGCGACGAUUUGAAGACUCAUGUUCAAAUACAUGUAGGAGAGAAACCUUUUAAAUGUGAAGUUUGCAACUGUGCAUUCAGUAAAAGUUUUUAUCUAAAGAGACAUAUGAGAAUACAUACAAGAGAAAACCCCAUUAAAUGUGAUAUUUGUGAGCGUGAAUUUAAGUACAGUGGUGCCCUAAAGCAACAUGCUAAGGUGCAUACAAGAGAGAAACCUUUUAAAUGUAAUGUUUGCAAUUAUGCAUGUAGUCAGUAUUAUAAUUUAAAGACACAUAUGAGGAUACACACAGGAGAGAAACCCUUUAAAUGUAUCUUUUGUAAAUAUGCAUGUAAUACAAGCAGUUCUUUGAAGAUGCAUUUGAGGGUACAUACAGGAGAGAGACCUGUCAAAUGUGAUGUUUGUGAUUAUGCGUGUACUCAGAAGGGAGACUUGAAGAAACAUAUGAAAACGCAUGCAGAAAAGAAAUGCAAUAUUUGCAACUAUACAUGUUUUCGAAAGGGAGACCUAACGACACAUAUGAGAAUACAUAAAGGAGAGAAACCUUUAGAAUGUCUGCAGCAAAUGAAAGUAGAGAUGAAAGUGGAGAUAUGAAGAGGGAUGUUAUGAUGAAUACUGGAGUCUUGAAAAUCACUUUCAGUUGGAUAUUUAUGCUUUUGUAUGUAACAGAAACCACCAUCUUGAGAGAUUGACAAACUGCAAUGUAAAACAAUUCAAAAUGUGUUAUAUAAGUUUUUACUAUAGAUAUAAAAUUCUCACUUGUUAAUACACCCAAGGUAGACAUUGGUUUCACACCAUCUCAAAAAAAAAAUGUUUACAUAUUUGUACAAUUGUAAUUUGAAAUCGAUUAGUAUUGAAUAAAUGUUAUCUUGAAGCACUUG